AUGAGUGAAAUAGCCGAACCACAACCACAAGUAGAUAUAACAAUUCCUGAAGAACAACCGGAACAGGAACAAACAAGGAAACCACAGGAGACAGAGGAAGAACGUGCCGAGAGGUUGGCUAAACAAGAAGAAGUCGAUAGUCGCUCGGUGUACGUGGGAAAUGUGGAUUAUCAAUCGACUCCUGAGCAAUUGGAGUCAUUUUUUAAAGUUGUCGGGGUGAUUGAAAGGAUUACCAUCUUGUUUGAUAAAUAUUCGGGAUUACCCAAGGGAUAUGCCUACGUGGAGUUUGAAACCCCAGAAAGCGUGGACAGGGCAAUUGAGGAAUUGCACGGUAAGGAGUUCAGAGGUAGAGAUUUGAGAGUUACUCCAAAGAGAACUAAUUUACCUGGAUUUAAAAAGAGGGGUGGAUUUAGAGGAAGGGGACGUGGUAGAGGACGCGGAGGCUUCAGAGGUAGAGGACGCGGUGGAUUCCGUGGUAAGGGUCGUGGUGAUUCUGGAGAUGAGAGUGAGAGAAAAAGUGCUAACGAAAACACAGAAUCUGCUACCAAAGAAGAGUAA